CUCGUCCGGGGCCACGCUUCCUGGUCGCCUGGCGCCACCUAAGAACUCCUGGGCCCAAAGGGGCGGGUCCCCUGUCGACCCCUGAUGAGCCCUGCAAAUCGGGCCGUGUCGUGGGUCCUAAGUAGGGCUGGAGCGGCUUCUUCGCUCGUAGAAGUUCGGAAGGCCGCAGACGCGACUCCUGGGCCUGUGAAGUGACCAGCCUGUGCUGGAGGGCCGGGACUGGUGGUCUUCUCCCUCACCUCCACUCCCCAGAGAUUGAGCAUUCGGACUCCAGUUUACAAGACUUUCCCUGUGUCCCCUUAUUGUCUGCCUGGAUCUCGGGUUCAGCACAUCUGCAUUGCUUUGUGCUGACAGCAGUAAAAUAGAGUACAUUAAAAAACAAUGUGAAACUUUUGAAUUAGAAAAUUUGGGCUUUUAGUUCUAUUGAAAGUUGUAUUAAUCUAUCAGAACCUCAGCGCCUUCACUUGUAAAAUGGGGUUUACGGCCCCACCUGUCACUGAAUUGUUAAGAGUUAACAUAGUUUAGAUCUCUUAUGGAAUGUGAUCUUUAAAAAACAUACCCUAGUUCUUCUUGGUGGAGUAUCAUCAAAUCUUGAUGAAUAAAAUAAAGCAGACAUAAUUCAUCUCUGGAAAGAUUAUUUAUACUCUGGCAUUUGAAAUGCUUUGUAUUUAGAAUAGUAGUAAAAAUGGAAAAAGAGAAAGUAAAUGAUGAUGGAAAACCAGACCCAGAGAACUCCUUGGACUUUUCUGAACACUUUAACCAACUUGAAUUAUUAGAAACACAUGGACACCUUAUUCCCACUGGCACCCAAAGUCUCUGGGUAGGGAAUUCUGAUGAAGAUGAAGAGCAAGAUGAAAAAACUGAAGAGUGGUAUCAAUUGCAAGAAAAAAAAAUGGAAAAAGAUCCAAGCAAAUUGCUUCUUUGGGCUGCUGAAAAAAAUCGGCUGACCACAGUGCGAAGACUGCUUUCUGAAAAGGCCACCCACGUGAACACUCGAGAUGAAGAUGGGUACAGCCCGCUCCAUCGAGCAGCCUACAGCGGACACUUAGACGUGGUCCGGGAGUUGAUUGCACACAGGGCAGAUGUUCACGCGGUGACUGUGGAUGGCUGGACACCCCUGCACAGUGCCUGUAAGUGGAAUAACACCAGAGUGGCUUCUUUCUUACUGCAGCAUGAUGCAGAUAUCAACGCCCAAACAAAAGGCCUCUUGACCCCCUUACAUCUAGCUGCUGGGAACAGAGACAGCAAAGAUACCCUUGAACUCCUCCUGAUGAACCGCUACAUCAAAGCAGGUCUGAAGAACAGCCUGGAGGAAACUGCAUUUGACAUCGCCAGGAGGACAAGCAUGUAUCACUACCUCUUUGAAAUUGUGGAAGGCUGCACAAAUUCUUCACCUCAGUCUUAAUGGUUCUAAUAAUUUUCUUAAGUUUCUAAGUCCCAGUGCCUCCUUUGUGUGAGAUGUGAAAUGUCCCCAUCAUACAAAGUUGACAUCAAAAGUCUUAGGACAGUAAUUCAGUGGUACUCACGAUAAUAUCCUUCCAAGUGAAUUGCCUGACCUUGAUGUCAAAAUGUAUUUGGAAGUUGAUUGGAUAUAUCUUUAAUGAUUUCCGUGGUGUUUGUGAUUUUUAUCAAAUCAUUUUAACUUACCUAUACUGAAAAACUUGUCACAAGCUGUACAGAAAACUAAUAUUUUUGGUGCUGAUCCAAGAGAAAUGUAUUUUUAAAUAUUCCCCCAUCCUAGAUCUUUGUGCAGUAUUUAGUAUAUUAAUGUGUAUUUUUAUAAGGUCAGGUAACUCAGAAUUUCAUUUAAAACUCUUAAUAUACUGGUGCAGUUCAGCUGUCUUCUCUGCAUCACCAUAGCCAUUUGCUUUCAUUGUAAACCGUAAGAAUGAACAUAUUAGUGUCUUGAAUCUCCGUAAAUUAAAAAAAAAUCAAGACACCUAGAUCUUUGUUUUCUAGAACCUAGGCCAUUUUCAGGAAGUAGCUAGGUGUUUAAUCCAUGAAUUUUAUAUACUGCCCCCUCCCACAAUCCACACAAUCCUGUGGACCAUCCUACCUCACCCUGGUCAACCUGCAUAUUCCUUAUGCUGCUGGUGAGUCAGCACGACCCUUCAGACAUGCGCACAACUAUACCUUGGUUCAGAUCAUAACGUAUCUGCUCUCCAGCUAGUUUUACCUCCCUGGUCCUACUGAGCUGGGCACUGCUCAUCUAGACUCUCAAGUUCACAGGAAGUGUUCUUUUCCAGGGUCCUCAUUUUAUACAAGCCACACAAAGACAAAGUGACAGGGAAAAGGAAUUCUAAGAAUGAGGGGAUGAUGAUUAUAUUGGGGUGAGAACCGCAAAGUGGCCCAGGUCUUUUUUAAAAGCCACAUUGUGGAUAGUGACAAAAGCAUAAAUAUAAAUAGUCCAAAAAAAAAUAAAAGUUUUGAACAACCAAAAAAAAA